CCAUAAGUCCAAUUUAAUAAAAAAUAUUAAUUGACCGUUAAGAUUGGUUGGAGCUCAAAAAAUGAAAUCUAACAGCCAGAUCACUUACAGCUUGUUUGGAUAUAAUUUUGUUGGAAAAUGAAUUCCAUUUCUUGUGAGAAUCUGAAUUCAAGUGGGAAUUCAUUUUAAGAGUUUAUGUUUGGAACAAAUCCAAAAGUUUGGGAAAUGAUUUCAUCUUCUUAUGUUUGGAAAAAAAUGGAAAUGAUUUCUUGCAAAUGCUUUUACAGUAAUAUUCUUGGUAUUAAUGAUUUCAAAUCCAAAAGUAGUAAGGGCUUUCUUGUAAAGGUGAGUCAAAAUUAAUGUGGGGUCCACUAAUUCCAUCACUACUCCACCAAUUCCGACAACUUUUGGUAAGAUUUAGAAUUUCCAACUUUUUCCCUUUUGGAAUUCCAUUUCCUUUUUAUUUUUUACUUCCAAACAUGAGAAUCAUGAAAAGUUUGAGAAUUGGAAUUCCAUUUCCUCAAUAUUUAGUCUAUCCAAACAGGCUUAGAGUAUACUAUACUCCUCGAGUAUACCAGUCACUACCUAUAUAUAAUAUAUAUUAGAUCAACUACUAAUUACUUAACCCACUAAUUUGAUUCAAUUGACUAGAAGUGUUUGAGAACAAAUCAAAUUACCUAAAUCAAACAAGUUAAAUUUUUUUAAUCAAAUCAAACAAAUCAUCCAAAUUAACCAAAUCAAAUUAUCCAAAUAUUACCGAUCAAUACGGUUAUCACGGUCUGAAACCUACUAAUAUAAGAUCAUAGUUCUGGUCUUAUGGAAGAAGGGUUUCAAAGUGGAGGAGAAGAGACACCGCCGUCCAAUCCUCCGUCGACAUCCCUACCGUAGGGAUCGAACACUUGCUCUGUCUACAUCCCUGUAGCCAUUCCUAUUCAUAUCCAGAAGUGGCCAGAGAAAAAAAAAAAGUAACAUGUUUUCUUUCUACUCGAUUUUUGUCUCAGUUCUCGAUUGGUUUCAAUGGCUCGUCUGGGCGAAGUUAAUGCCCUGCGGCAAAUUUUUUUGAGAAACUAAUGUUAGGAGGAGCUCGUCCGACUCGUCGUUACCGCCAUUGCUGUAUGCUUGUCGGUAUAGGGAGGCUGAUAGUGUGAAAGUCCGAACCUUUCGAUCGAGAACGUAUAAGUGGCGCCAUUGGAAAUCGAACUCAGGACCUUGCACAUUCAGAACUCAAUUGGUCCAGUGAUUUCACCACUAAACUAUGUCACCUUUGGCAUUGAUAGAUAAUUUUAGAGAUCAAUUAUGAUUGAAUUAUGCUUUUUAGUACGCAAUAUUAUUAACUUUUUCGGUAUAACCUUAAUAAAUUGGAUUCGGUUCUUAACCGAGGUGAGAAGCGUUUCAGCUAUUUUGGGUUGUUUGAGAAACGGUUUCUCCUACUCUUCUCUUUCACCAGAGAGAGAAGAAUCCGCUCGCUGCUGCAGCUGAUCGGAAGCAGAGAACCAGAUAGACACACUCAACCGCAUGAAAAUGGAAAGAAACUCCCCACCGAACUGGUUUAGAGCAUAGCGAUUCCCCCGGCACGUCGGCGCUCGACUCACAUCUCUUUCCUUCACCCUCCCAGCUCUUGUCUCCUUCCAUUCCAAACAGGUACAAUUCCGCUUCCGAAUUCCAUUUCCAUUUCUGAUCCCACCCAAGCAAUGCUUUGAAAAGUAUUUCCCGUUCGUUUUCAGAUUGGUGGAAUUCGUUUGAUGAGCUUAGGAAUGGGGUUCGUGGAAAAUCCGAUUCAUGCGAAGUCGACGAACGUGGUGUCCUCGCCGUCGAGCGCCGGCAGGGCUCAUCCGGAAGGGAAACCAGUGGAAUUGGGGAAGCCCAAGUAUAAGCAGCGUAAGGUUUCAGCGAUUCGCCAUUGGCCGCCUAACUCUGGGCCGAACUUCCGUUCAACAGUAUCACCACCAGGUAACUCGGUUAAGAUUGAGUCCCAUGGUCGUGUAACGGAUUCUAGUGGCAAUGGUGGAUUGGAUACUAUGCGGGAGGGUGAAUUGGAAGUCUCGAAUGGUGUUGCCGUUACGGAUGAUUCUGUAGAAUUGGAGAAGAACGAUUUCACUGCUAGAGAUGAGGGUUUCGUUGAUCAGAGAGAUAAUACUCUUGAGCAGAAAGAUUGUGCAAAAUCUGCGGUGGUAGAUCGGAAGUAUCCACCGAGGAGGAAGGUUUCAUGUGUUAGACACUUCCCGUCGAAUUGUGGAAGAAGUGCUCAGCUUCCUGGCAUGGUGCAUGGAGACAGAGUGGAUGAGAUCGAAGAGGAGAAUCAUAUGCCAUUGCCAGAGAAGGUCAGAAGAGAUGCUGAAAGUGUUAAAUAUGUUUAUAUGGAUGGUGGAGCUCCAAGUGGGAGGAGGUUCGAUAGCAAUAUCACAGAGCGCAAUGGUGUUAGGAUUGAAGCGAAGCCGAAACAGUUUAGUGGGAAUGGGAUGACAAGGAAUCCGAAUGCGGUUGCUGCCCCGAAGUACAGCUCAGUCUCUGAGAAGAUGAUGUCCAAGGGUAAAGGGGCACCUAGCUCUAGUAACUUGCGUGUUGAUGAAAGUAACCUUAAAAAGAAAGUUGUAUCGAGAGAGAGUAAGAAAUCAGCUUCUUUGGCAAAGGAGGAUGACUGGGAAGAACUUUAUGAUGCUGAUAAUGGCUAUGAUUAUGAAUUUGCUAGGAGGGAAACCGGUGAGAGUGUGAGCUUAACUUCUCCUGGACCUGGAACUUCAACAGGGUUGGAUAGAGAUAGAAAGAAAGUGAAGGAAGUAUUAGAUACUUUCCACUUCCUCUGCAGGAAGUUGUUACAUGCCGAGGGAUCAAAGCUCAAAGGUGGUACUGGUAAUGCCAAAAGAGUUGAUUUUCUCGCCUCAAAAGAGCUUAAAUCCAGAGGAAUGUGUCUCAAUGUCGGGAAGCAUAUCAUUGGAGCUGUCCCAGGAGUUGUGAUUGGCGACAAGUUUCAGUACAGGCUGGAGCUCAACAUCAUCGGCCUUCAUCGCCCGACUCAAGGCGGGAUCGAUUAUACGAAACAUCGUCAGGGCAUCGUAGCAACAAACAUCGUGGCGUCGGGUGGAUAUGAUGAUAACGUGGAUAACUCCGAUGUGCUUGAGUAUACAGGUCAAGGAGGGAACUCAACUAAAGAGAAGGAAGCUGAAGAUCAGAAGCUUGAGAGAGGUAAUCUUGCUUUGAAGACUAGCAUCGCAGUGAAGAAUCCCGUGAGGGUGAUUCGUGGGACUAGCAGUACGAAUGUUGAUGCUAGAGGUAGGAUUUAUGUCUAUGAUGGUUUGUAUACUGUGGAGGAGUAUUGGCAGGAGACAGGACCUAACGGUAAGCUUGUGUUCAAGUUCCGGCUGGUUCGAAUGCCAGGCCAGCAAGAGCUUGCUUGGAAAAAGGGAAAGAACUCAUAGUGUGAGAGGCUUCAUCCAUGGUUGAGCAUUCAGAGACGGAUUCCACAGUAGAUACGGAAUGGAUGAUGAGCCAGCCAGCUAAAAGGGUAGUGUUCUCUAUCUGUGAGUGUAUGUUGGAGAGUACUUUUGAAGAUAGCAAGGUGCCGUGAAUAAUCUAACAUCGAGCAGUGACAAGCUUUUGGAGGCUCGAGGAAAGCGUUGGAGUUUGAAUACGCGUGAUGUACAGUCAAGUUGCAGGAUUGGGGAGUUGAUAACUUUUGAUGCUGCCAAUGUAUACUAGGGAGGUUUACUAUAACUUGGUUUUGCUCCCAAAUAAAUGGCCAGAAUGUUGUAGUGUGAUGGUAAGCGUUGUAGACGAGUGGGAGUGGGACUGAAGAACUGAGCCAUGGUUUUUUUAGAGUUCCAGAGCUUGGUUCGUCUGUGCAAUUUGUAGCUAACUUAUGUAUAUAAGGUGACUGUGUCAACAAAACAAUGUGUGAAAAGUUAUUAUCGGUCGAUCAAGGUUCUCGUAAGGAUUGGUAACCGCUUAUAUUCGGUCGGAUCAUCACGGAUCAUUACGAUCUAAUAAGAAGAUUUCAAUUAAUCUUGUUGUUUAUAGAUGUUUAUCUUUAAUUUUGAACAAUUUGUAUUGAUCAUUUGCGGUUUGCUUGUAUGUUCUAGAUUGGUGUUUUUUGUAUGAAUAAUUUGUAUGAGAAAAUUGAUGUUAAAUUUUUAUUUUGAAAGAAAUUUGUUAUUGUAAAUUUUUUACCACAAAAACCCAUGGGUGCCCAUGAACCCGCGAAUACCCAGCAGGUUGGGUUGGGUUUGAGUUUUUCAAACCCAACAAAUUUUACCCCGGAUUUUUUUGGCGGAUAAAUCCAUGAAUUUGGGUUUCACAAAACCCGCCCCAACCCGACCCAUUGCCGUCCUUACAGUCAAACAUGAAACUAAAGCCCUCUUCUUUAGAACCACAUUAUCAUCUUCAUCCCUUUUUUCUUAACAUUUAACCUGAAUCCAAGACAAGAAAAUGGCCAGAAACCCAUCACCAUUUCCCUGCUUUCUCCUCAAAGUCUCAGUAUUUAACCUCCUUUUCUCACUCUAAUCAGUGAUCAGCUUAUUAUGCCUCCAUUCCACCUUCUUUACUCAACAUUGUAGCUCAAUAGUCCCACCUCUCCCAACCAAACCAGAGCUAACCACGAUCCCUUUCCAUCCAGGCCAGGACGGCUACCACACCAGUGGAGAUUGGAUUCCCAAUCUCUCAAGAAAAGCAUAACUCUUGUGUUUUAUUAUUUGUAUAUUGAUUCGGGAGCCCGAAAAAUCUUCCUCUUCAGAUUUCACCACGUCCACAGAACAGAGUCUCUUGAAGUCUACAAAAUCAGGAUCGACUUGGUCCUCCAAACUUCAGUGAUGAGUUACUGCGGAAAAUACCACCUCUUUUAGCUAUUCGUAGAGCCUGUUAACUUUCUUUUUUGUUUCAUGUUUUAUGUUUUCUAUUUCAUAAAUCUAGCAAUGGAAACGAGAAACCUUGUUCAUUUUUUUCAUUUUAUUUUCUGUUCAUUGGCAACUCUGGAAACAUAAAUUGAUAGCUUCAUGCGGUUUCCAGAAACAUAGUACAAUCUUGGUUAAUUUAUGUAGACCUUGUCACGUAGAAGCAUAGUACAAUCUAUAUAAUGCAUUCAUGCUCCAUAUGCUAGAAUAUUAUAGUCACAUACAUAUUAUGUACCUUUUAGUAAGCGUUUCUCUUUUUAACACAAGAGAUCUUGGUUAAGUGUUACCGUUACAAAUCGUUGCCAGUUGUAUAAAAUGGUUGAUUACUACGAUCGAUUAUACUUAGUUCAAUGAUCAUGGUUUCGCGUUAGCUGUCUGACUAGAUAUUUCAGCUAUUAUGUAGAUGUGAUGGUAACAGUUGUGGUGGUAAUGUUCUUACUCCAAGCCACAACUCUCUAAGUUUGUCAUUGAGCACGUCUGAUUACGACCAUUCUUUUAGUUAAAAUUGAAAAUAACAGGCAUCGAUAUGC